AAAUCGACGUUAAAACAAUCAUGUGUUCUAACCAAUACCGUAUAAAAAAAUAAAAAUUGAAUAAAAAGCUAAUAAAUUAUAAUUCGGGUUUAUUUGAAAUGUUAUAAAAUUAAAGGACAUGGAAAUUGGAAAAUAUCAGCUUCUUAAGCGUAUGCAGUUUAAUAUUUUGCCUUUUUGAUGUAGUUUUAUUGCAAAUAUGGAAAGUUGCAAAAAAAAAAAAAAGCAAUGGCUUAAGAAAAUUUUCAACAGACCUAAUUAGAGCAGCCCUUCGAAAAAUCUAUAAAUCAGAAAGAAAAAUAUUGGAGCAUAAAGGAGAACAGUAAAAACGAGAGCAGAAAAAAUGAGCAAAACAAAAAACUAGAAAAAAUAAAAUCUAUUAGUGUACAGUUUACGAAAGAGAAGGGAUUUUUUUUCAUUUAGACUGCAGCAUAAUGCGUUUUACAAGGAACAAAUAAAUAAAUGGGUAAGUGUCAGGAGAAGCAAAUUAAUGCAGCGAAUAGACGCAACAGAGAACGUGCCGGUGGUAGAAGGUGCAACAUUACCGCCACCGGCAACAAGUGUUGAGAAUGAGUGUGGUGUAAGUAGAGACCAGAAUAAUGGUAUUGACGGCGGAUGCAAUGUAAACAAACUCGUUGUUAAUACCACGAAUGUGCAUGCAAAUGAUGUAGAUGAGGAAGAUGACGAUGAAGAGAGCACGUUUUAUGAAGCGGCCGGUGAACCGGAACUAUUAUCAUUUGAAAAAGCUUUAAAAAUAACAAAUGACGUCACUUGGUCUGAAGUAAAUAAAUCUGAAAGCAUAAUAACAAACGAUUUGCAAUCGCAACAGCUUUUAGGUAUGAAUUUGCGAUGUGCAAUUACGGCAUAUGACGAAGGUAAGUCAAUACAAAGCCGUUCAAUGGAAAAUAACAAAACGCAUUGCAUUGAAUUCGAAGAGGAAUGCGAAGGUGCAGUAGGCAUAACUUGUCCUAAAGAAGAUUCAAACCUAGCUUUUAAGGAAGCCGGUUUACCACCUCCGCCCUUGCAAAUUUCGAACGAAUUUGAAGAGACAUUUAUUGUAUUGCGCCGAAAACGUGACAAAAACUUAAAAGACUUUAAUCGCAUUAAUCAAACUUGUCAUGCCAGUUUUGAAGACGAGCAAGGUCAAAAGCAACGGCAACAAACUUUGUUAACUACAAAGUCUUGUGAAAACCCGGCCACGUCUACGACUUUAUCCCCGACCAAUUCUUACAAUGGCAGUAUUGGUAGUGAUGGCGGCGGUAGUGUGGGUGGAGGUGCUAGGCGUAAAUCGUGGACCUUGUCGCCGCAGAGCGGCAGCUCUACACCAUUAAGCGGUGCUAAAAAGAAAGAGAAGCGCUCUAGUGUUAAGUCGCCAGCAUCCUCUACUCCAACAGCGGCUACGGUCACGGAUUCUUUUAACUUAUGGGUGGCUAGAGAGUGUUUUGAAACGGUGCCGGCGGAAACGGUUUACGAAGUUGAAAACACGGUAUCUAAUUUAGUGGGGUCAACUGGCCUGACAAUUGACGAAGAAGCUGAUGAAGAAGCGGCAGCCGUCGAAAGUUUAUUAGGGGCCGCGGCGGCUCUUCAUGCUAGUGCCACUGCCAGUAAGGAAUUAUCUCAUAUACACAGAAGACAAAAACAUUUGCGUCAACCUCAACAUCGCCCCCUUGAACGCUCUUGGCCCCCGCGAGCAUUAGGCAGAGAUUUUCGACUGCAAGGGGAAGUAUUUAAAUUUGAUAUUUUGGAUACUGACGAAAGUUUAGAUGAAUUUGGAAGUAUGCAAAGUACUUUCGGCAGCAUUUCGAACAGUGCCAAUAAUUCCCCUCUUCUGCUGCUGAAUAGUGCCAAUUCCAGUAACUCUUCGACUACAAGUCCUCAGUAUGAACUCUAUAACACGUCUUCUCCACCACCUAUGAAAUUUAAACCAUUAAUCAAAAAAAAAAUCGGUCCAGAUAGUUAUAUUAAUACGAUCUCUACAAAAAAAGUGCCCGCUACGGAUUCAUACGAAUUUCCCACAUUCCCAGUGAAAGAUAGUAGUUCCUCUGAACAAUUUCCGCAAGCUCCUAUUCGUCAGCAUAGGCCACUGACACGUACAUUGUCUAAUGGAAAGUCCGCUUAUGAGGAGCGGCAACAAUCGCAACCGCAUUCGCCCAGUCGUUUGAUGCUAUCACCAAAACGUCAUCGCAGUCCACCGUCGGGCUGUUCAACACGUAGUGCUUCGCCACUCGAUUUUCAGUUGAGUCCAGAGGCUCAACAAGUGUCCUCAGUACCACUUGCUACGCCUGUGAUACAUCCUCGUCCACAGCAGCGCUUAUUAAAGCGUGUAGGGGGUGUAGGAGCAGGUGUGACGACUGCAACAGUACCAUCUAAUCUUAUCUGCCCUCCUACACCAACACAUCAUGCGCGACGUCAUGCACGUAUGCAAUCUGCUGCACCUUUAAAUAAUAAUUUGGAAGACAGCUAUAUAGGUUCUACUAGUGGUACAAGUGGGCAUUUGGUAGAUUAUAAUUACGUGAGUAGCAGAACACCGCCACCUUCUUCACCAGCUUUGAAUAACGCAACUUGUGAUAGGGAUCGUAUACGAACAGCUGAUAUAGUACAACUUAGCGCUGGAACAAGUACUAAUCACGCAGCCAUUGAACUAAUUGACAACAACGAUGAUGAUGAUAUUAGCGGUGAAGACUUAGGAGUAGUUCAUAUAACUAGUACAAGAUUGCCUUCUAUACCGGAAAGAGAAGCAGCUGGCGGUUUAUUACGCACCAGCGGUAUUUUUGGUGUGGAAGCAGAAUCAAGCGCCACUGGUGGCGCAGCCGAACCUUUACCUCCCGCUUGGGAAGCUCGUAUGGAUAGCCAUGGUCGUGUAUUCUAUAUAGACCAUACAACACGCACAACAUCCUGGUUACGUCCUGGUUCAAACGGUUCAUCUGCCUUAAACGAUCAUGGUGGACGUGAACAGCACCAUCGCCAGCAGUUGGACAGGCGUUAUCAAUCAAUACGUCGAACUAUUACCAGUGAGAAUCGUUCUUCCACUGCUGGUGCGACUGGUGCAAGUAAUGAUAAUCAUUUGCACCACACUGCCUACUCACAUGUUUCACAACUCUCGCACGCUUUCAUUCAAAAUAAUAAUCAAUCAAAUAAUACUGCCGUCAUCAACACCAAUGGAGCUGCGGCAGCUGCUGCCAAUAUGCAAACCCUUAAUAAUCUGUUCCCACAUCCUGCUGUAUUGAUGCUCUGCCGUCCCGACUUUUAUUCUAUGUUACAUACCAACGAAGAUGCCCUUGCUAUUUAUAAUCGCAAUGCUGCCCUUAAACACAUGGUUAUACGUAUACGUCGUGAUCCUUAUAGCUUUCAACGUUAUCAAUAUAAUAAAGAUUUAGUGGGCUUGGUAAAUUCUUUUGCCCAGCUUAAUCGCGAUUUACCAUCCUGUUGGGAGACAAAGCUCGAUCAGUCUGGCAAGCAGUUUUUCAUCGAUCACAAAAAUCGGAAAACUUCAUUCAUGGAUCCGCGUCUGCCCAUUGAAUGUCCACGCAUCAUACGACAUCGUCAACAGCACUAUGAUACUUUGGAUGGGAAUUGUAUGUCUUCCUCAGUAGGGUUACCUCCACUACCACCACCACGACCUACAACAUCAUCGCGUCAUACCCAGAAUAUGCAGAACGAUAAUACAACUCCGGGCUAUAACGGCUUUCAAAAUUGCGUUGCUAAUACUAGCGGAGGUACCAGCAGUUACAGUGAGGUCCCCGUUGCUUAUAAUGAAAAAGUUAUCGCUUUCUUACGUCAACCUAAUAUUAUUGAAAUUUUACGAGAACGUCAAGGACAAAAUAAUGUUUCGCGUUCAUUACGUGAAAAGAUUAACAUUUUAAGAGUCGAAGGCGUUCCUGCAUUGGAAAGAUUUUCACAUGAUCUGCAGUUAACUAUGUUAUUGAGCCUCUUCGAGCAAGAGAUCAUGAGCUAUGUUCCUAUUGAAGAACGUAGUCCUCAGGGUUCACCUGUGCUGAAUUCACGAAUGCCUCAACGGGCACCGCCCCCUUUUCGUCGUGAUUUUGAAGCUAAACUACGCAGUUUCUACAGAAAACUGGAAUCGAAAGGUUACGGCCAGGGACCACAUAAGUUAAAAUUACAAAUACGUCGCACUCAUCUAUUGGAAGAUGCGUUCCGUCGCAUUAUGUCAGCCAACAAGAAAGAUUUGCAGCGUGGCCGUUUAGCUGUUUUAUGGGACUCUGAAGAGGGCUUGGAUUAUGGAGGACCAUCCAGAGAAUUUUUCUUUUUGCUUUCACGGGAACUUUUUAAUCCUUACUAUGGUCUCUUCGAGUAUUCGGCCAACGAUACUUACACAGUACAGGUGUCACCUUUGUCCGCCUUUGUUGAUAACUGCCACGAUUGGUUCCGAUUUAGUGGCCGCGUAUUGGGCUUAGCUCUAGUACACCAGUAUCUGUUGGAUGCAUUUUUUACUCGCCCUUUUUACAAGGCUUUGUUAAGAUUGCCAGUAGCUCUUAGCGAUUUAGAGUCACUGGAUAAUGAAUUUCAUCAGUCGCUGCAGUGGAUACGUGAUAACGACAUAAACACAGGCGUAGACUUGGGCCUAACAUUUUGUGUCACCGAAGAGUUGCUUGGUCGUGUAGUAGAACGUGAACUGAAAGCGGGUGGCAAAAAUAUCACAGUCAAUGAAAAGAAUAAAAGAGAAUAUUUAGAUCGGAUGAUUAAGUGGCGGUUGGAACGCGGCGUACAAGAACAAACGGAAUCUUUAGUGCGUGGCUUCUAUGAAGUCGUCGAUUCACGUUUAGUAGCGGUCUUUGACGCCCGGGAACUUGAACUAGUUAUAGCGGGUACCGCCGAAAUCGACAUAAACGAUUGGCGAUUGAAUACAGAAUAUCGUUCUGGUUAUCACGAUAAUCAUCAGGUUAUCAUAUGGUUCUGGCAGGUUAUUGAAAAGUUCACCAACGAGCAAAGGCUACGUUUACUGCAAUUCGUCACUGGUACUUCCAGUAUACCAUAUGAAGGCUUUUCAGCUCUUCGAGGCUCCACUGGGCCGCGACGUUUUUGCGUUGAGAAAUGGGGUAAGCCAAACGCUUUACCACGCGCUCACACUUGCUUUAAUCGCUUAGACUUGCCGCCCUAUCCGACACCCGAAUUGUUAUACGAAAAAUUAUUGCUGGCCGUGGAAGAAACCAACACAUUUGGUAUAGAGUAAAAGAGUGAAUAAGUUUAUGUUUACGUGAUAUUUUUUUCUUAGAAUUUAUUUGAAACGUGUGUAGUUUAGUUAACCUGAAAAAGCUUUUAUGUGUCUUUUUUAAAUCUGUAGUCAAACAUUAUUAAUUAAUCAACCGAUAGUAUAGUAAUAGUUUUUUUUUUUUUUUUUUUUUUCUAAUUUUUUAAAACAAUCAUAAAGCGUUGAGUUCCAACACAAUCUUGUCAGUUGCUUGAGCUUUAAUCUAUAUAUACUUUUUCUAUAUUUUAUUAUUAUAAGCAAACUACUACAGUAUUUGAAAAAUUUUAUACAAGUGUUCAGG